AUGGUCCCUCGGUCGGUCGAAGUCGCCGCCCUCCUCGUGCCUCUUCCCAACGUUCCCUCGGCGGCCGAUGCCGUCUGCUCCGGCUCCCCAGUCCCCGGGUCUGCCCUGCUCUCGUCUGCACUAGCUUCUGCUUCGUCAUCACUGGCGCCUCUCCUCUUCUUUCUCCCCUUCUUGUAUGCUUUGUACAUCGCGUCGAUUCCUUUUCGCGUGAGCACCAGCCUGAAGCCCGCCCAGCAUCUGAACCGCUCCCUAAGCAGGCCAACCCACGGUUCAGGCCAAGCCCCUCUUGCGGCGUCAGUGGUUGCCUUCCGGCUCCCCGUGCAGCCCGGUCGUGCGAGCAUCUGA